GGCAGUAAGUAGUACUAAUGUUCACGGAUUGCAUUAUAAUGUGCCUCCCAUCCGGCGCCUAACUUCAUCAAGGGUUCAUUGUUAUCGCGCUCCCCUCUCCGAACCCUAUUUUUCUCCAGAAACUACUGUAAGGGGUUUGGACGACUUAUCUCAGGUUAUUGUCAUGUCAUCAGUCUCUAGUCAACCGCAAUUUCGCUACACACAACCUCCAUCAAAGGUGCUUCACUUGAGAAACUUACCAUGGGAAUGCACGGAAGAGGAACUGGUUGAACUGGGGAAACCUUUCGGUAAAGUAGUCAACACAAAAUGUAAUGUUGGGGCCAAUAGGAAUCAAGCUUUUAUUGAGUUUGCUGAGUUAAACCAAGCUAUUGCAAUGAUAUCAUACUAUGCUUCAUCCUCUGAUCCAGCUCAAGUGCGAGGGAAAACGGUUUACCUGCAAUAUUCCAACAGGCAAGAAAUAGUGAACAACAAAACUAGUGCAGAUGUUGCUGGAAAUGUAUUAUUGGUAACAAUUGAGGGCAAUGAUGCGCGCCUUGUGAGCAUUGAUGUCUUGCAUUUGGUGUUUUCUGCUUUUGGAUUUGUGCAUAAGAUUACCACCUUUGAGAAGACUGCAGGUUUCCAGGCUCUGGUUCAGUUUUCUGAUUCACCUACGGCGUCUUCAGCAAAAGAAGCCCUUGAUGGGAGAAGCAUUCCGAGGUAUUUGAUUCCAGAUCUAAGUCCUUGCAGCCUUAAAAUAACAUAUUCAGCCCAUACAGAUCUGAGUGUCAAGUUUCAGAGCCAUCGAAGCAGGGAUUAUACAAAUCCUCUCCUUCCUGUUGCUCCAUCUGCCAUAGAUGCAAAUGGUCAGCUCAGUGUGGGUGUGGAUGGAAAGAAAAUGGAGCCCGAGAGCAAUGUUCUUCUAGCUUCUAUUGAGAACAUGCAAUAUGCAGUGACCCUGGAUGUGCUGCACAUGGUAUUCUCUGCCUUUGGACCUGUGAUGAAGAUUGCAAUGUUUGACAAAAAUGGUGGUGUUCAAGCUCUUGUUCAGUACCCUGAUGUUCAAAUGGGUGUGGUUGCGAAAGAGGCAUUGGAAGGACACUGUAUAUAUGACGGUGGAUUUUGCAAACUUCACAUCUCAUAUUCUCGUCAUACAGAUCUCAGUAUAAAGGUGAACAAUGAUAGAAGCAGAGACUACACAAUACCUGCUGGUGGUAGUGGUGGUCCAAUGAUGGGUGGUUCUCAACCAUCAAUUUUAGGGCAACAGCAACAACAACAACAGCAACAGCCAUUAGGAAUGGGAGGUCCCAGCUCACAUCAUCAUCAUCAUCAUCAACAACAACAACAACAUCAUCAGUACAAUGCAGGUCCUCCACCCUACUCAUCUGGUCCCCAUCAGCAUCAGAAUCAGCAGAACUCAUCUUCUUCUGCUGGCUGGGGCUCUCAUCAAUCCAUGCCUCCUAAUAUGGGGCAAGGGAUGAUGCCAAUGCAUGGACACAAUGGCGGCAUGCCUCAUGGAGGAAUGCCUCCUUAUCACCCUCAAUAGCCAGAGCAUAGAUAUAGCGUUUUCUCUUCUUUCUUGGCAGGCUGCUUUGCUUUGACUAAAAAACGCCCGGGUUGGUUGUGUUUGGUUUCUGAAUUUCUAAGAAGGAUAUAAGUUUGUUAUCCCCCCACCCAUCGAAUCCUCCUGUAGUAUUCUAAUUCCCCCCUCCCCCGGAAGGAUUAAACAUUUCUGGUCUUGUGUUGGUUAACUAAACAGAUAUAAUCAUCAUCCAACUCUUUCAUUCCUUAGACAAGUUAGUUCCUUUUCCCUGAUUGAUUUAUUUACGAGGAUUUUUACUUUUA